AUGAAGCGGGGCGGCGAACGGGACUCCAGCCCACCUGGGGCUGGGGGAGGUCGCGCCGCCGCCGUCAAGAGGCCACGCGAACGCGAACGUGAGAGCAGCAGCCGACGCGGCCCGCACCGGAGCUCGGGCGCCUCCCGCAGCAGCCGGGACAAGUCCACGCCCGGCGGCGGCGGCGGCAGCGGAGGAGGUGGCGGCACCACCAGCAGCGGCAGCAGCAGCGGUGGAGGUGGCUCCAGUUCCCGCAGCCAUCGAGGCGAUGAGCGCGCCGGAGGCGGCGGCGGUGGCGGCGAUUCCAACCACCGCCCGGCGGGGAGCGGCUCGGCCUCGGGCGUCCGCGGCGGCAGCCAGGCCGCCCCCUCGUCUUCCUCUUCCUCCUCGUCGUCCUCCCGAGCGCUCGGCGUGCCCAAGGCCAAGGCCCUGCCGGGCGCUGUGGUGGCCCCCUCCCUGCUCCUGGCUGGGCCACCGCCGGGCGCCGCGCCCUCGCUGCUGCUGGCGCCGCUCGGGGGCUCGGCGGGCCUGGCCGGGGAGCCGCCCGGCUCCUGUGAGUACAAGACGCUGUUGGUGAGCGGGCUGAGCGCGGCCCUGCCCGACCAGCUGCUGGAGGACGGCCUGUUCCGCCUCUUCCAGCGCUUCGCGGGGGGGGGCGCCGGGGACAUCAGUGUCAAACUCUCCCACACGCCCGAGCUCGGCCGCGUCGCCUACGUCAACUUCCGACACCCUGGGGACGCCCGCGACGCCCGCCGGCAUGCUCGAGCUCGACAGCUGCUCCUCUACGAUCGGCCCCUCAAGGUGGAGCCGGUGUAUCUGCGCGGAGGCCGGAGGAGCCGUACGCCGCCCCCGGCGCCCUCUCCGGAGCCCCUGGGCUACCUGCCGCCCAUCCACAGCACCUACCAAUACAAGCAGAGAUCGCUUUCUCCUGUCACCAGCCCCUUGCUGCGGGAGCCACGACCCAGGCAUGCUCAUGCUGCAGCCGCCGCCUUCGCUUUGGAAGCUGCCGCCAUAGGGCUCUCCCGGGAGCGGGAGAGGGCCCUGGAUUACUACGGGCUGUAUGAUGAGCGUGGCCGCCCUUACAGUUACCCCAUCGUGGCUGAGGAAGACCUGAUGCCCGAGGAUGAUCAGAGAGCGACCCGCAACCUCUUCAUUGGCAACCUGGACCACAACGUCUCGGAGGUGGAGCUGAGACGUGCCUUUGAGAAGUAUGGCAUCAUUGAAGAAGUGGUGAUCAAACGCCCUGCCCGUGGCCAAGGUGGUGCUUACGCCUUCCUCAAGUUCCAAAACUUGGACAUGGCACAUCGGGCCAAGGUCGCUAUGUCAGGCCGUGUUGUCGGCAGGAACCCUAUCAAAAUUGGCUACGGGAAGGCCAACCCGACUACCAGGCUGUGGGUGGGAGGUCUUGGUCCAAGUACUUCUUUGGCCGCCUUGGCAAGGGAGUUCGACCGCUUCGGCAGCAUCAGGACUAUUGACUAUGUGAAAGGAGACAGCUUCGCUUAUAUCCAGUAUGAAAGCUUGGAUGCUGCCCAGGCUGCCUGCGCGCAGAUGAGGGGCUUUCCUCUGGGUGGACCAGAGAGGAGACUUCGAGUGGAUUUUGCCAAAGCAGAAGAGACAAGAUACCCACAGCAGUACCAGCCUGCACCGCUCCCCAUGCACUAUGAACUGCUAGCUGAUGGGUACAGCAGACACAGAAGCCUCGAGCAAGACUUGAGAGUGCGAGACAGGACUCCUCCACACCUCCUUUACUCAGACAGGGACAGGAGCUUUGCAGAGGCAGAGUGGGCCAGCCCUGCCAAGAAUGCCGAGCGCCGAAACAACUUGGAAAGCUACAGCCGAUCGGUGCGUAGCCGGAGCGGAGAGCGCUGGGGCAGCGACAGCGAUCGCAGUGUGCCCAAACCAUGGGAAGAGAGGCGGAAACGCCGGAGCCUUUCUAGUGACCGCGGGAGGACUACUCACUCGCCUUACGAGGACAGAAGCAGGACAAAGGCCAGUGGGCCAGCUUUAGACCGCAGCCCAGACAGGGCUCGCAAGGAGAAUCACACUACAGAAUCUGGAGCUGAGAAAGAGCAGAGUAACUCCCUUCAGAACAAUCGUCAUGCAACUGAGGAGAAACCACAUCGUGAGGCAUCUGAUGCUCCCCAGCCUAAAAAAAGGGACAGCGAACGCAAUCAUCGAACUGGUGAAUCGGAAUCAAAAACUCACGAGGAGCCAAAAUCUGAGACCAAAAAGCUAAAGAAUUUAUCAGAAUAUGCUCAGACACUGCAGCUUGCUUGGAAUGGGCUUCUUGUGCUUAAAAACAGCUGCUUCCCCACCUCUAUGCACAUCCUGGAGGGAGACCUGGGUGUCAUCAACGGGCUCCUUAAAGACCAUUCAUCUGGCGGGAAGUUAACGCAGCUCAAAAUCGCUCAGAGACUUCGGCUCGACCAGCCUAAGCUGGAUGAAGUGACUCGCCGAAUCAAACAAGGCAGCCCCAACGGCUACGCUGUGCUCCUGGCAACCCAGUCCACCCCGGCAGGGGCUGAGGGGACCUUCCCUGUUGUAGAGCCUGGCCUGCAGCGACGGCUUCUCAGGAAUCUGGUCUCCUACUUGAAACAGAAGCAGGCUGCUGGGGUUAUCAGCCUGCCCGUGGGAGGGGCGAAGGGCAGAGACAGCACAGGCAUGCUUUACGCUUUCCCUCCUUGUGAAUUCUCUCAGCAGUACCUCCAGUCAGCACUAAGGACAUUGGGGAAGUUAGAAGAAGAACAUAUGGUGAUAGUUAUAGUCAAAGACACUGCCUAGCCCACACUGUCUUUUCAAAUUCCAUGUUUUCUUUGUGUGUCACACAACCCGGUUGUUUUUAAGGCUGAUCAUUUUGGUGGAGGCUCAAAACACCUCAAUCAAAGUGGUAAGAUUGUUAGUUUCUAAUUAAUUUUAAUACCAUUUAAAUAGAGCCCAUUUUAUUCGUUUUUAAUA